AUAGUCCACGGCCCAGCGCGUCCAGGGUUGAGACAGAAGAAGAAGAAGAAGAAGGAAAAUGGGGAGAGCUCCGUGCUGUGAGAAAAUGGGACUGAAGAAGGGGCCAUGGUCUCCGGAAGAAGAUCACAUACUCAUCACUUACAUCCAAUCCCACGGUCACGGCAAUUGGCGAGCCCUUCCCAAGCAAGCUGGGCUGUUAAGGUGUGGCAAGAGUUGCAGAUUGCGAUGGGCCAACUAUUUGAGGCCUGACAUCAAGCGCGGCAACUUCACCCCUGAAGAAGAGCACACCAUCAUCCACUUGCACCAUCUCUUGGGAAACAGGUGGUCGACAAUUGCAGCGAGGUUACCGGGACGCACGGACAAUGAGAUAAAAAAUGUGUGGCACACCCGCCUGAAGAAGAGGCUCCCACAAAACCAAGAAAACCUCCCUACGAAUCGGAACCCUAAACAGAAAAAACAAAACCCCGUGAGUUCUUCCGCCAAUGAUGAUGACGAUGACGAUCACGCAGUGACCAUCAAAACCCAGAUCAAACAGCACUGUGCCCCGCUGUCUCCCCGGCAAUGUUCUAUCAGUAUCAGUGACGCCUCCACCCUCACUACCAGUGACAAUGUCGAACGUAACAAUAAUGACGUGUCCACAAAUGAUAUUGAAACGCCAACUUUGGAGACUUUGGACGAGGACUUCUGGUCGGAAGUCCUAUCGGCUGAUAAUUCCGGUGAAAACAGCGAACUUGCGGGAGUGGGUGAUUAUGCUGCUGACCCGCAUUUCCAAUUCCCAUUCUCUCCGCUCACGGGUGAACCAAGUAUUUGCGACGGGUUCAGCGUCGACUUUUGGGGCCACGAUAACGUUUACACCAGAGCCCACGAGUUAACAGAGUUGUUACCGCAAUUAUGAUAUUCAUUUGUAACCUGCUCAUUCGUUAAUAUCACGCAACAAGAGAAGUUUGUUUGUUCCCCUUUUUUCCCCUGAUCUGGGAUCUAGAUGUUUUAAAAAAAAUUGAAUAAUAGAAUCCACUUUUGUAAUUUUACUCGCAGAUUUUAAAUCAAGUGUAUUAACCAAUGAAACAGAGAAAUGGAGGGAGUCUACACAUAGUCAGCCCCUGAAACUUUAUGUCAAUUCUAUACUUUACCUUCUUUAA